AUGACCCCAGAGUCGUCAGCCAUGGUCAUCAGGAAUGCUCUCCUGCGGUCUGGUCGCACGUGUGGCCUGCGGUCUUUCCGAGCCGUGACCAGUCCUCUGCCGCCGAGAUCGUCUGUCGUCGUGAAAAUGAAGAUGGUAAUGACGCUUUCCGGCUUUGAAGCUGCUGCUGGUGCAGUUCUGCGUAGUCCGGCCAUUGGCGCCCGGUUCUUUGCCUCGGCCCAGAGAAGACUCCCCGAACGCCUGCUCAUCUACCAUGCCGGCACGCCUCGGACCACCUUUCUCGCCUGUCUCAAGGUCACCACCCUCUUUGGCCUGGCCUUCUUCACCUUUCUCGUCGGUCCUGCCUAUAUCGCGGCCGAGAAGCCGUGGUGGCAGGUUGCAGGAAUCGCUGUCUGUGGCGUCGUUCCCUUCUGCCUCGUCGCCUACACCACUGCUCCCUUUGUCGCCUUUGUCCAUCUGCGGCUGCCGCCUUUUGCCCGCCAUCCGGACCGCGAGCUGCUGCGCCGCUUCGUUCACAAGCUGCCACCGGCCACUCUGCUCGACUUUACCACCAUGAACCUGGUCGGUCGCCCGCGCAUCACCACCGUGGCCCUUGGCGACCUGGCGCCCGCCCACGAGCGUCUGGGCAUCGUCAACGUAAAGCGCACAGUCCAACUAUCUCCCGGAUUGACAUCCGCACCCGGCCUCUUCUUGCGCUCGUAUCCAUGGAUCCGCCUGCCGCCUACCACCCGUUUUGGCGCUCCGUCCGCCGGGAAUAGCCGUGGCACCCCCGAGGCUUGGGCCUGGGACGCCGUGCUGGAUACCCUUAAGCGACAGCAGGCAGAGGCUGCUGCCACACCAACGUCGCCUCGCUCGCCGGCUACAAGACGCUGA